CACACAACACAACACAACACAAACACAACACAAGACAACACAACACACAUGUACUAUUGUUUCUCUAUCCAAUUCCAUCCAUAUUUUCAUUUGCAUCUGGUUCCCUAGACCGAGUCAGGCGGCGGAGGAUCGGCAUGACUCGGCGGUGCUCUCACUGCAGCAACAACGGGCACAACUCCCGCACCUGCCCGUCGCGUGGGAGCAGCGGCGUCAAGCUCUUCGGCGUUAGGCUCACCGAUGGAUCAAUCAUUAAGAAGAGCGCCAGCAUGGGAAAUCUCAACCACCUCCAUUCCCUCGCCUCCUCUCCCAAUCCAAGCUCUCCCUCCUCCGACCCGCCGCACGAUUACUUGUCCGAUGACCCCGCCCAUGCCUCCACCUUCGCUAACCGCCGCGCUCAAAGAAAAAAAGGUGUUCCAUGGACUGAAGAAGAACAUCGGUUGUUCCUAAUUGGUCUCCAGAAGCUGGGCAAAGGAGACUGGCGUGGGAUAGCGCGUAAUUUUGUUGUAUCAAGGACUCCUACUCAGGUAGCAAGUCAUGCCCAGAAGUAUUUUAUCCGGCAGAGUCAUGCUACCAGGAGAAAGAGACGUUCCAGCCUUUUUGACAUGGUUCCAGAUGUGUCUUCAGAUCCACCUUCAGUGCCAGAAGAACAAGUACUGCUUCCACCUUCCGAGAACUCACAACCAAGCAAUGGGAAAUCACAACCUUCAUUGAAUCUCUCCCUCAAAUCAGAAUUUGAACCCAUGGAAACUACUUCUCAAGAAAAUGUGGAAGAGACCAAUGAAACUAUGGUGGGAUCAAACGGACUGACACCAAUGGCUCCUCCAUUCUUCCCUGCUUAUUUACCUGUUCCAUUUCCCAUGUGGCCAUCGACUGCGGCUUCCUUUGAAGAAGUUAAGGGAGGAGAGACAUCCCAUCAUCAGGUCCACAGGCCAAUCCCAGUCAUUCCCAAGGAACCUGUCAAUGUUGACGAACUAGUGGGAAUGUCUCAUCUUAGCAUUGGGGAAUCACAGGUACGUGAUAGAGAGCCUUCCCCACUAUCCUUAAAGUUGUUAGGAGAGCCCUCAAGGCAGUCAGCAUUCCAUGCAAAUACUCCAGUUAGUGGUUCGGAGUUAAACAGGGGCAAGAACAGUGCAAUUCAAGCGGUUUGAGGUUUAAAGUUUUGGUGAAGACAGCAGCAGCAAUUACGGCUUCUUUUGGUCAUCUUUUCAUUUGUACUAUCAUAUAUAAUUUUUUUCCUCUGAGCCCCCUAGUGUUUAAUUUUCCUAUUAGUAGCAAGUUAUAAUGUGCUAUGUAGCUCAGGAUAGAUAAAUUCUUGGCAAAUAUUUAUUCUUUCUAACUGUAAACAAAUGAAGCUUAAAUAAUCAAAUAUCACCCAUAGGUCCAUGUUCCUCUGGGUUUGAUUAUAUGGAGCUUUGGAAAAGAUUUUCAAUAUAUACUUAUAGGAAAAUAAAAUAUUUAUCAACUUAUUAAUGACUAAUUUUUGUUGAGGAAUUAAUAUUAUAGUUUUUGUUUUGUUUUA